UUCGUUUUCUCCGCAUGACGUUUCUUGUUUUUGCUGACGACAAGCAGUUAAAAUUUCUUUUAUCAUCUCAUUUUUCGCGUACAAAGAUAAGUGCAAGUAACUUUCGCUACGAUUCUCGUCGUCUGCACCGUGCGCGCUGUAGCGAAAUUCGGGGCCAAAAAGCAUAAAUACGGCAGUGGUUGCAAGCGUUGCGUUGCAGGUUUCGUACCGGAACGGGUUCUUUGUUGUACGGUAGAAGCGCCGAUAGUACAGCACCGAAGCCAGAAUCUGCUCCAAGCGAGCCAUUGUUGUGAGAGUGUAGAAGGAGGAUACAGAAAUUUAGAGCCACCAGUUUAAGGAAGCACCUCGGGACCACCCGUGCAACAGCAAAAUGGACACCAACGGCACCUUGGAUCAUGGAGAUGGAGAGCAAACGGCAAAACACACCCAACCAGCCUUCGACAAUGUUGAUAUCACAUCGCCGGACGAUGAGAACGAGAACGACAUCUUCGAGUCGGCGAUUCAGGAACCAUUAUCGCCCGUGCUGGAGGACGUACCGACCGACGAGGCAGGGGAUACGUUUAUCGAAAUAGUUGUUGCUGACCCGCAGAAAGUAGGCGAUGGCAUGGGAUCAUAUUUAGCGUACAAGGUGUCCACGAAGACCAACAUUUUAAAGUUUAAGAAGCGCCAGUUCUUCACGAUGCGUCGCUUUAGCGAUUUCCUCGGUUUGCACGAUCUGCUCGUCAGCAAGUAUCUGCGGAUGGGGCGCAUCAUUCCACCGGCGCCGGAAAAGAACAUUAUCGGCACGACAAAGGUUCGGAUGGGCAGUCAGCCACAGGCCGAAACCGGUACCGGCGUUAACCUGGAGUGGAUCGAGAACAGGCGGGCGUCCUUGGAACGUUUCCUUAACCGUGUCGCUCAGCAUCCGAUACUGUGCCAGGAUACGGAUUUCGUCAACUUCCUCGAGAGCGAUCAGGAACUGCCGCGGGCGGUCAAUACCGCUGCACUGAGCGGUGCCGGUGUGAUGCGUCUGUUCAACAAGGUGGGCGAAACGGUCAACAAGAUCACGUACAAGAUGGAUGAGAACGAUCCGUGGUUUAAUGAUAAGAUCAACGAGGUCGAAACAAUUGAUGCACACAUGCAGAAGCUACAUUCCGCCAUUAAGGCGCUGGUGUCGCAUCGGAAAGAGUUGGCUACACUGACGGGUGGCGUUGCAAAAUCGGCCGCCCUGUUAAGUACGUGCGAGGAGCACACGGGUUUAUCGCAGGCACUUUCGCAGCUGGCCGAUGUAGAGGAGAAGGUUGAGCUGCUGCGGUCGGAGCAGGCAAACUCGGACCUUUACAUUCUGUCGGAGACAAUCAAGGACUAUAUUGGGCUGUUCGGUGCUAUCAAGGACGUGUUUCACGAGCGCGUAAAGGUGUUCCAGAACUGGCAGCACGCGCAGAUUCAGCUGACGAAAAAGCGAGAGAACAAGGCCAAGCUGGAGUAUCAGGAUCGGCGCGACAAGCUGGAGCUAGCCCAGAAGGAAGUGGAAGAGUGGGAAGGCAAGGUGCAGCGAUGCCAGAAGGAGUUUGACAACAUUUCCAGCGAAAUCAAAAAAGAGAUGGAACGCUUCGAGCUGGCGCGUGCCCGCGAUUUUAAGUCGACGAUUAUCAAAUAUCUGCAGGACCAGAUGGCACACCAACAGCAGCAAAUGAGAUACUGGGAGGCAAUCGUACCGGUCGCGCGUGACAUUGCAUGAGAGGAACCGAACGCGACGCAUCCGCCCAUCCUGUACGACGACGACGACGACGACCGUGUGCCGACGACUGACAAACUGCGCCUCUCGAUUAACUUAGUCGAUUCCAAUGCUAGGAUAUCGUAGAACGAUACUACGGCCGGGUGUGCUGCCAACGGGACGCAACGGGGUGGCAGUAGGAGGUUGAACCAGACAAACACAAAAACCAAAACCUGCUAUUAGCUGAUGAUAGUUAUGUUUAGACAAUUGUGUUUCGUGUUACGAACCUAAGAUUUCUUACACGCCUCAUUUCUCUAGCCACACUAGCCUCUCUCGCGAAACCCUUUCGAUAUCCGCGAAAGGGAUAAAAUCCACGAUUCCUUAACAUGAACUACAUUCUCACUGUGCACAUACACAGCCAGAUGAAAACGCGCUCGAGAGUACGGCAGGCAACGUGAGAUAUCGAUCGACCAAAAGUGAUGUAUUUGUAAAUAAUGAUAGCGCGUGCAUUCGCAAACAAGAAACAAAACAUUUAAUGACUAAUUGCUGCAGUAAGUAGUACGUACACAAACACACACACUAAAUGGCUAAUGCCACUAGUUAUUGGCUUCACAGCACGAUGCUUCUAUCAACCCCUUUGUCACAUAUCUCUUUCCUAGCGCGCUAGUUAACGAUCCGCGCGUGCAAGGCCAUUUGGGUCCAGUGUUUUUCUUUGUUUGUUUAGCGCCAGCUGAAGAAGGCUACGCGAGAAAUACGCGAUGUAAAUAUGUUUCCGACCUUUUUUUUUUUUUUGGAGCUGUGUCACUGUGACUUGAGAGCUCUUGAGGCGCAAUAUCUCGAAUAAGUGAAGCUGGGUGAUUGGAAGAUUGGAAAACCUUGGAAGGGAUGUUUUGUUAUUGUUAGUACACACAAAAAAAGCGACAUGUUAAACAUACUCGUUCCGUGAAGCCCCAAUUUCAAAAUCCCGUGUGAAAAAAAUGAUUGGAUUUUUUUUUUUUCAUUAAGUACAUUCGUUACGUUUUUUGCUUUCGUUAUGUACUCCAUCUCUUAAUAAGAAUAGAUAUUCCUUCUCGCUUCGAGCCAGAAUGUGUUAAACCUCCUCUCUAUAAUCUUCUUCCCUUCAAGGCUGUUAACGACGAGGAAGUAUUAUCUCCCUAGCACACGUGCCCCAUGCUUCGGGACGUUGUGAGGAUUUGAAAUCAUGAUAGAUUACGCAAAAAAAAACGGCGCCUCCACUUCUCUGUUAAUCGUGCGGAACGCCGGACAAAAGAUAUUGUUAGAUUUUCAUAGGUUAGGCAAAUACGAUGGCUCCUGCUAUAAUACGAUGCAUACAAUCACACAGUUUUGGUUUUCUCGAUCCCGCUUACUAUUAAAGAUGAAAUGUUCUUCAGAUAAAACAGGAUAAUCAAACACACAGUCAGACAGAUUUAGUAGUGCGAGGUGUGGGGUGCUCGAUUCCGUGGCGUUUGAUGUUUUGCCGAUAGCUAGAUGAUUGCUUUAUUUGCGAUGAGAGAAAAGGACAGAAGGAUUUAAAUGUAAAGAAAACCCGAUUGAAUUCCCUAUCUUACCUUCGAUGCUGUGCUUAAAUGUUAUCGUAAGAGGAUGCACGGGCAGCAAGCGGAACUGAAACCGUCUUAUAUACAGAAACACAGUGAAAACACACACACACGUCUCAGAAUAGUACGUUCGAUUCCGAUCGCCAAAUCCCAAUGCUUGAAACAAUCAAACCUGCCCGCCCCAGAUCAUCAGAGAGAAUCAGUUCUGUUCAGUGUAGCGUGUAUGUAUGCUAGUGUUGAUAUAAACGGUGGCGCGUCGCAUCAACAGGAACUCGUUGUUAUAGUAUUGUUAGUUAAUGGUCUCGCGCGCACCACGACUGCCAGUGUAUGCAAUCAAUUAUAUAGGUUCUCAGCAUUCCAAUACAGUGUGUAGUGUACUUUGGGCUGUUUUAUUUUUCGGUACCAUUUUUCUGUAACACACUGGCCACGACACCCGAGUCCGAGCACCUCGAUUCGUAGCAUUUAUUAUAAAAUGGAAAUAGCCAAGCAUUAAGCUUCCGAAUGUAUUUUGCAAGGGUGUGCAAUCUGUGUUCUUAAA